UGAGUAAGAAGAAAGCUCAUUGCCUCCUUCCACCCCCUGUUAAGAAUCUUUGCCAAUUUACAACUCCAGGACACCACUUUGCUUUGCUUUGUAGCCAAGAAUGUUUCUCACCUGCACCCACUAACCAACCGUAUAAACAAACCCCACUAACCCACUAUGAUUAUCUCAUCAGAAACUAAGUAGCCAUUUCUCCCAAUCCCAUGGAUUCAAAUUCUGAUCAGAUAAUUUUAGCAUUUAAUUUGCUGUUUUUCUGGUUUCUUGUGUCUGUAAGUACCACAGAUGGUACAGGGUGCAAGACCCAGUUCAGUUUAAAUGGAAUGGGAGAAAAAACUUACCAAAAAUGUGUGGAUUUUCAAGCUCAAGGAGCCUCCAUUGCUUGGACAUUCUUUCCUCACAACAAGACCUUGGACAUAGUUUUCAGUGGUCAGAUGAUAUCCCCCUCAGGAUGGAUAGGAUGGGGAAUCAAUCCUGUGGCUCCCAAUACAAUGGUGGGUACAAGAGCCUUAAUAGCCUUCAGAGGCCCCUCUGGAUCCAGCAUUGUACUGCCUUAUUUUUUGGACAAUGCUGUCAAAACCCAACAGGCUGCCCUUGUUCCAAACCAGACAAAUACAGAUUUUGUUGUUCUUAAAAGCUCUGUAUUUUUGAGCUCAUCCUCUUCUUCUGCAAGGAUCUUUGCCACCCUCAAAUUGGGUUCUAACCCUACUUCUCUGAACCAUGUUUGGAAUAGGGGAAUGUCUGUACAGGGCUAUUCACCAGGGAUUCAUGGGACCAGUGUUGAAGAUCUCAAGUGCACAAAGACUAUUGAAAUGGUCUCUGGGUCUGUGAGAGCCACACCAGAUAAUCCUAUUUCUACAGGCCAAAGACUGAGGAUCAUACAUGGGAUUCUUAACAGUAUUUCAUGGGGAUUUCUCCUCUUCCUUGGAGUCAUAACUGCUCGCUAUCUUGGGAAAUUUGAAACUCUAAAUCCAGCUUGGUUUUAUAUUCAUGUAGGACUGCAAAUGACAGGAUAUGGCAUUGGAGUAGCAGGAUGGGCCAUUGGAUUAAAGCUCGGCAAAAUGUCCCAAGGAGUUUCACAUAAUUUCCAUCGUAAUCUUGGGAUUGUAAUAUUCACAUUGGGCACUCUGCAAAUAUUUGCUCUGCUCUUCCGUCCAAAGAAGGCCCACAAGCUCAGAAAAUAUUGGAAAUCAUACCACCAUUUUGUUGGGUAUGCCUGUCUGAUCAUAAGUAUUGUGAAUGUAUUUGAGGGGAUUAAUCUCAUGGGCUUGUCAACUGUUAAGCUGCUCUACAGCUUGGCCAUUUCAUCUCUCAUUGGGCUUUGUGUUGUACUAGAAGUGAACAGUUGGAUUAUGUUUUUUAAGAGCAAGAGAGAAGAGGAGGAUGCCAAAAUCAGUAUGUAGCCUGCACAUGGAUUCAGGAAGCUUUGAAUCCAAGGGUUUUUUUAACUUGGUUAAGCGAUCCAAACAUGAGAACCUGGACAAAUGAAAAUCCUUAUGCGUUAUUGUAAUCUACUAAUUUUGCACUUCCCUAGUCAUCACAAAUAAAACCUUGUAAAUUUAGAGUUUAUUACCUUAAAGAGUGUGAUCUUCAGCCUGUAAGCACACAUUUUAUGUUUUAUAUUAUUGGAGCUUCGAGCCACAACUUUGGGUGAGGUAUGCUUUUAUUUAGAAUGCAAUUUUUUUUCUGGGUAA